AUGUCUGUGAUCGAUAAAGAUUCAAUUAAAAAAAAGUUAGAUAGUGGUGAAUUUAAGUCUUGUGAUAAACCAACAGGUGCUAGUGCUGGAUGGUGGCAGUCAUUCAAACGUAUUCAAGAUGGAAAAGAAAAUAUUAUUCCUUUUGUAACAUGUAUUCAAUGUAAAACAAUUCUAUCUUACGAUGCACAAAAAACUGGUUCUAAAACACUUAAGCUUCAUUAUGAAAAUUUCAAAAUAAGACCUGUUAUAGCACCUAAAAUUACAACUCAUUUUACUAGUCAAAAAUAUGAUAAAGUUUCGAUCCAUUGUGAAUAUUGGAGUUACGGUCACGAGUAA